UAGCAUAGUUAGGCCAUUGUCCUAAAACCCUAAAUUCAAGUGAUGGAACUUCAAACCCUUUGUUGCGCUCUUUCUUCUCAACCACUUGAAUUCUCUAAUAAUCGAAUAAUCUCAUCACAAGCGAUUGGAACCCUCACUCCAUUCAGAUAUCAGAGACAGAGAUUUCGGUUUGGAAACGCGUUGAAAUGUUUAAAAUGGGGGAUUAAAGAGCCUUCAGUGUUGCGAUUGAACAAAUUUCAAAGACCUCGUAUACAUGCUUCUGAUUCCAAUGUAAAUGGUGGCUUGGAAGUUCAUACGAACCAAAGUUCUAGUGUGCCUGUUACUGGGCAUAAUGGGAUGGAGCCAUUUGGUGGUAAAUCAGGUUCUGUUUCUUUUUAUGGGUUGACAUAUCAUUCGGUAGAAGAAGGGAAAUUGGAAUCUGCCCCCUUCAAAGAAGAGAAGAGCUCUUACUUCUGGCUCUUAGCUCCUGCUGCGUUUGUAUCGUCUUUGAUUAUACCUCAGUUCUUUCUUGGCAAUGUAGUUGAGGCUUUCUUCAAUGAUGUGAUUUUAGCAGAUAUUGUGAGUUCAUUAUCUUUCGAGGCCCUGUUCUACAUUGGAGUUGCGAUAUUUUUGCACGUUGCAGAUCAUGUCCAGAGGCCUUAUUUGCAGUACAGCUCAAAAAGAUGGGGUCUCAUCACUGGCCUCAGAGGAUACCUAUACACUUCUUUUUUUACAAUGGGUUUGAAAAUUAUUGCUCCUCUCUUACUUUUGUACGUGAACUGGUCAGUGGUUCGCCUGACAUCUGUAGUAGCUGUAGCUCCUUUUUUAGUUGGCUGUGCUGCUCAACUUGCAUUUGAGAGAUCUUUGGAGAAGCGUGGGUCAUCUUGCUGGCCUCUAGUCCCGAUUAUAUUUGAGGUAUACAGAUUGUAUCAGCUUACAAGAGCUGCUCGUUUUACUCAAACUAUAAUGUUCACUAUGAAGGAGCUUCCUCCCACCCCCGACGUGGCAGAACGAAUUGGAGCUUUGUUUGCAAUGAUAGUGACCUUCCAAGUACUGGGGGCUGUGUGCCUUUGGUCAUUGAUGACGUUUCUUUUGAGGCUAUUCCCUUCUAGGCCUGUAGCAGAUAAUUAUUGAGUUUAGCGUGGAUUGGGGGGUGUUGUAUAUGUUUGGAUGGUAUCUGUAAGACUUGACUUGAUCAUAUUAGUUUAUUAUCAAGAAAACGAAGAGUGUGAUUUUGUAAGUCCUGAACUUGAAAGGGCUUACAUUUAGCCGUGUCAGAUUUUGACAAUGUCACCUCAUUGUUUUAUUCCUUUAUAGAGUA